CCCGACUGUAAGGAUUUUGAUUGUGCUUUAUUGUGCCAGUCAUCAAUUAUUUUUUUGUUGAGGCAUGCAAGGAUGAAGAUAUUUUAUUUUAUUUUCAAUGGUGUCUAAAUAGACAAUUACAGGUUUCUCCUUUGUUCUACCAAUAGCACACAUUUUUCAAAUUUUAUUCCCUAAAGAGACUUAUCCACUCCCAGCCAUUUCUCUAAUUAAUCACAAACACAUUGACUGUUAGAGAAAAUAGAAGUAUUUAUUUCCGAAAAUAACUCAACUGUUCAGUCGACUUGAAACGCUCCCAUCUCAUCAUUCAUGAAACACAAUGCUAGUGUUUGUGAUCAUAAUCUCACUCCAUUUUCACAAAUUUUCUGAAGCUGAAACUCUCAAAAUCGGAGCCAUAUUCGACACUGAGAGCCUCAUCAAAGAACGGGCCUUUUACCAUGCCAUCCGUCAAAUCGAGCCCAUCAAUGGGCGAAAAAUCGAAGGUCUAGUCCAAAAUGUUCCUCCAAAUGACCCAUUUGAAGCCACGCUAGCAGCUUGUCAUCUCAUUGAAAGUGGUGUGCUUGCAAUUCUGGGUCCUACGACCCAUGAAAACUCCCAUAUGAUCCAAACUGUGUGUGACAACAAAGAUAUACCACUCUUGGAUGUGCGAUUUGUUGUCCAACCCAAAAACUCAAUCAGUUUCUACCCUUCUCAACAAAUUUUAACUCAGAUUUAUAUCGACUUACUUGAAGCUUGGAAUUUUAAAAAUUUUGUCAUUUUGUACGAAAACGACGAGAGUUUGAUAAGAAUUGCAGAAUUGUUGAAAUUGUAUGACGGAAAUGGGCAUAAAAUGGUCGUGAGACAGCUUGAUAAGUACCAAAAUGGUGAUUAUAGGCCAACACUGAAAGAAGUGUGGCAAUCUGAAGCAACACAUUUUGUAUUAGAUUGUUCCACUGAUAUUUUAGAGGACGUUUUGCAUCAAGCCCAACAAGUGGGCCUUGUGACCAACAAACAAUUUUAUAUAAUUACUAAUUUGGACUUCCAUACGCUCGACUUGACGUCUUUUCAAUACUCAGAGACGAAUAUUACCGGAAUGCGAUUUAUUGAUCCAGACAGUGAUACAAUUAGAAAUUUGGGACUUACACUUUUUCGAAAUGACUUCACAAAUCUCGAAUCUGGGUUUAUAGAGGCUUGGAAGAUUAAGUUAGAGAUGGCUUUAAUUAUUGAUGCUGUUAUGAUGUUUGGUGAAGCCUUAAAUGGACUUCCGAAAAAUUUUGCAACACCUUCUAUCGAUUGCAUGUCGGCCGAAGCUUGGACUUACGGCACUACUCUCACAAAUUUAAUUAAAUCAAUUAACUAUCCCGGUUAUACAGGACUAAUCCAAUUUGAUAAUUUUGGACUUCGCUCAGCUUUUGGACUUGAAAUAAUAGAACUAAAAGAAGGCGGAAUUAUCAAAGUCGGUAACUGGAACUACUCUGAUGGUUUAAACUUUAACAGGGUUUACUCACCUAAUCCCCCACCACUUGAAGUGGGUAGUCUAAUAAAUAAGACAUUCAUCGUAAUCACUUGUCUGACAGAACCAUAUGGUAUGAGAAAAGAAUCAGAAGUACCUUUACAUGGAAACCAGCGUUAUGAAGGCUUUGGUAUUGAUUUAAUAGCAGAAUUGUCAAAAAAAUUAGGUUUUAAUUACACUUUCAUUAUCCGCGAAGAUAAAAAAAAUGGAGAGUACGACGAGACUACCGGUCAAUGGACUGGAAUGAUAGGUGACAUCAUUAAUGGGAAAGCCGAUUUAGCAAUUACUGACUUGACCAUCACCUCAGAAAGGGAAUCUGCGGUCGAUUUCAGUACCACUUUCAUGAGCUUAGGGAUCAGCAUUUUGUACCAAAAACCCAAAAAAGCUCUCCCUAGUUUCUUCUCUUUUGCUGAUCCUUUCUCACUCACAGUUUGGAAACUCCUCGCAGCUGCUUUCUUCGGUGCCUCUAUUGCGUUGUUUAUUUUGGGCCGAAUUUCGCCAAGUGAGUGGCAAAAUCCGUAUCCAUGUGUCGAAGAAUCAGAGUUUUUGGUCAAUCAAUUGAGUUUGAGGAAUUGUUUCUGGUUUAUGGUUGGAAGUUUAAUGCAACAAGGAUCAGAAAUCGCCCCAAUAGCUUUCUCAACAAGGAUGGUCGCAGGAACGUGGUGGUUCUUUACUCUAAUCAUGGUGUCGUCAUACACGGCCAAUUUGGCCGCGUUUUUGACAACUGAAAGUCCAGAUAGUCCGUUUAAAGACGUAUUUGAGUUGGUUCAAGUAGCUGAAAAAAAGGGAAUCAAAUUUGGGGCAAAAAUUAACGGUUCUACGGAAAAAUUUUUUCGGGAUUCCAAACAUAUCGACGAGUACCAAAAAAUCUACCAAUAUAUGAAAAAUCAUGAGGAUGAAGUGAUGGUCAACGACAAUAAAGAUGGUGUCUACAAAGCAGAACACGAAAACUAUGCUUUCUUUAUGGAGACAACUUCAAUAGAGUAUGAGACACAAAGACGUUGCAGUUUGUCCUCAGUCGGCCACUCUUUGGAUGAGAAAGGAUACGGAAUUGCAAUGCGAAAAAACUCGUCAUACAGAACGGCCUUAAGCACCGCCAUUUUGAAACUCCAAGAAGAGGGAGUUUUGGCAAAACUGAAACGCAAAUGGUGGGAAGAGAAGCGAGGAGGUGGCCUAUGCCCGCAACAAGACAAAGCAGCCGAAGGAACUCCCCUCAACCUCAAAAACGUUGGAGGAGUUUUCUGUGUGACAAUAAUUGGGACUGUGCUCUCUUGUAUUCUAGUUUUCAUCGAAAUGGUUUUACAUACCUUUAAAAAAUCGCUUCAUGUCAAAAAACCGUUCAAAGUGUUACUAAUGGAAGAGAUUCGGUUUUAUUUUAGAACUUCAGCCAUGCUAAAACCUGUCACUUCCCCCAAACCUAAACCCCCCGAUUACGGAUUUAUCACGUCUUAAUUGUAUUAAGUGUCACAGUUUGUGAUUAAAGUAUUCCAUCUAAAUAUUUUGUUUCUAAUUUUAGCAGGUUUAAAUCGAGGAAAAGUAAAAAUAGACUUGUGCAGUGUCUCCAUGUUACAGUACAAUAAU